AUGGAAUAUUUACAUAUAGUUGAAAAUAUCAUGCCUUAUGUGAUUAACAAAAUUAUGACUGGAGUAGAGGAUAAGAUAUUUGAAAGUUUAGAAUCAUAAUCUAGUGCAACUUUCACAGUUGAUCUAGCAUUUAAUAUGAUGCAUUAGAAAUGUUUUGAUCCUUAUUUUCAAAAUUAUAUUGAGAAAGAAGAUUAUGAAGCUUAGAGUACUUAGAAGGAGAGAUUUAGAGCUUAUGAUAUAAAAGACAUACCUCCAUUAUCUAUUAAGAUAACACCAAAAGUAGAAUUACCACCUAAACAUUAAUACACGUAGCCAACUUAAUUAUGGGAAGAUUAUGAACCUUAAUUAGUUAGAUAGAAAGCUAUUGAAUAUAUUGAAGAAUAUCCAAAUGAAAGAAGAAUUAUGGAAUAAAAAUGCAUUGAAAAAUUUAAUAAAGAAUAGAUGAUAAGAGAACGAUCAAAAGAAAAAAGAUUGAUGAAAGAGUAAUAUAAUAGAUUGAUAAUGCAAAUAGGAACAAAAGAAUAUACUUAUGAUUACAAUUGUGAUCCUAUUGCAAGAUCUAAUAAUUAAGUUAAAAAAAAUGUUAUUACUACUUUCCCAUUUGAAGUACCUUUGACUGAUAAUAAUUCUGUGAUAUCAAAACCUAAACUUAUUGAAUAAAUCAAAUCUAAACGUCGAUAAGCAGAGAAUGAAGAAACAAUAGUUGAAUUUAUAGAAACAUAAACAUAAGAUUUUAAGUUAUAGCCAGGUGUUAGGUUAAGUUUCUAGACUGUGAAUCAAAAGGAAACUAUUUAGAAAUAACUAUCAUAACAAUCAAAAUAAACAGAUUAAUUAUUAAAUUAAAAUAAAUAAUUCAAGGGUUUCAGAAAUUAGAUAAAAUUAAAUGACGUUUAGUUAUUUAGUUUUUUACAAUAAUAUGAUUUUGAUAGCAACUAUGAUACAAUCAUAUAAAACUCUAAUAAGACCCAAUUAGUUAGUCCUACAAAUUAAAGUCUAAUCGAUUAAUAGACUAUUAAAUAAGAUGUUUUAAGAUUACCAAAAUUAAGAUCACAUUCAAUAAAUGCUCGAACGAAAACAUAAAAAAGAUAAUAGUAAACCUACUCAAUUGUUACUUAUAGAGAUUGA